AUGCAGUCAAAGGUCGUCUCGGCCCUCUUGGCGGGAGCAGCCGUUGCAUCGGCCUGCGUCAUCCCCCCAGGCACUCUGUCCAACACCAUCACCACACCCUUCCGCGUCCAGGUCCAGAAUGCAUCCUACCCGGAGAUCAACAACCAGUAUAUGAAUCUCCUCGCGGCGGGAGGUGGUGACCAGCACCUUUUCGUCGGGCCCGUCGGGGUGCCGACCUAUGACCUAACGCUGCUUAACGGCGUUAUAACUCAUGGUGACAUCCGUGCUGUUAUCGGCGGCGAGUUUUCCGACAUCGACCACACGACCAAGAUGUUCAUGACCAACCGUGGCGACCCCAGAGCAAUCUACCAGCCGACGUACGUCUGCAACCCGGUCACCGACGCGCUGCAGAUCGAGCUCACCUUCGUGACCAUGCAAAACAACCCUCCAGGGGGUUGGAACUGUGUGAGGCCGACAUUCGACAACGCCCACGAGUUCCGAUACUACCCCCCGGGAAAUACACUGAACGACCCCAACCGCUUUUGUAAAAAGGUGACGCUCGUUGCAGUCUUCACGGGCGGUGGCACGACCACGUCGUCGCCACCGGUGUCGUCGGUUUCGACACCCUCAUCGUCCUCGUCAUCCAGCAGCAGCUCCACAUCAUCGUCGGUCCCGGUUAAUAGCAACCUCCCGUACACGGACAUGACGGGACUGGGGUUCCGCUUCCUCGGGUGCUCACCAGAGGAAAGGCGCGUGGUUCCGCCCGACCAGCCAGUGCGCACGCUACCGAGCGCGUCGCUGGCAGGUGACGACAUGACCAACGAGAAGUGCAUGGCCUUUUGCGCUGGACUCGGCUACGCUUAUGCGGGCUCCGAGUACCGGCGCGAGUGUUGGUGCGGCAACUCGUACCUCCCUACGCGCCAACCGGCCACGACGCUCGCUAGCCUUGCAAACUGCAACUUCCGCUGCGCCGGCAACGCCGCUCAGUACUGCGGCGGCGACUCCUGGCUGAGCCUGUACCAGAAGUGCCCGGUUGGAGGGCCCUGCGUGAACGCCGUCUUUACUUGA